AUGAGUACACUUUAAUUGAUGAAAACUUAUCUUGGACUGAUGCUAUCGAAUUUUGCCAAAAGAAUGGAAGCCAAUUAGCGAAUCUCGGUGAAGCUGUGGCUACGCUAACUACCGAUGAAUGUCUUGAAAGGUUUGAUACAAUGUGGACAGAGACGCUCGCUUCUGCUAGUCCAUAUUUAUCUCUGUUAGGCUGUUUCAGUAAUCAAGGAGACAUCCCUCAUUCUAAUCUUAGCAGAGCCUCGGUAGUGGACUGUCAGUUUGAAUGUUCCAGUUCAUCUUACUUUGCAAUAUCGGACACAGCAUGUUCAUGUCUUGAAAAUUUCACAAGCAGUGCAGAUCUUGUAGAUGCCAGUCUGUGUAACAUUACUUGUGAUGGUACAUACUGUGGAGGGCAAGACACCAUGAAUAUUUACUAUGUCGUAGACAAAGGCUUUUUCCAAAACAAGACAGUCUACUGGAAUCCUAAUUUUACCUCCUGUUUAUCAUACCAGUGUUUAGGUCAUAGGAAUGUUUAUAAGGAAGCGGAUUGUGAUGAUAUGUCCAUUUCACUGUCAGAUUGUUGUAACUAUUUUUCAUGCACGUUUGAACCAGGGGAACCCUGUUUUCUUUAUCAGGAUGACGAUGACGAUUUUGAUUGGACAAUACAGAAUAAGGCCACAAAGUAUGGCCCAGUCCAGUCUUAUGAAGGAUCGUACUUUGCCUUUGUUGACGAUGAACAGUAUGGGGAGGGAAAUUCGACAACGCUUGUUUCAAAUGUCGGAUUUACAGAUGGUCAGUGGUGUAUUCACUUGCGAUACUACAUACAAAAUGUAUCGACAGAUGCAAGGCUUGAGGUUUUCAAAAGUGGAGAACAGAAUCCCUUUUUUAUCUUUAAAAAAUCUGCCAAUAAAGAAUGGAAAUAUGCGUACAAAAAUAUUAUAAUGAGUUAUGAUGAAAGAGUUAUCUUCAAGUUUACACGUGGUAAGGAGACGUCUGAUUUCGCUUUAGAUGACGUCAUUAUGAUAAAAGGGUCAUGUGAAGAGACAGUGACAUCAAUGUUUAAAAUGAAAGGCGAAAUUAAUUGCAAUUUUGAAGGUAAUGAAGAUGUUUGUUUUCAACAAAACAAAAAAGGCUCUACUUGGACGAUAACUCGGGAUGGAUCGACACCCACAGAAGACACGGGACCAAGUAAAAACAUUGAAGGAAAUUAUUUCCUAUACUUUGCAGCAAACAAAUUUGGGAAUCGUGGAAAGGCUGUUCUCAGUUCUUCAUUUUAUCUAGAAGAUAUUAACAUCACCUUUAGUAUGCAGUAUAGCAUGUAUGGUGAAGACAUUGGACAACUUUAUGUUUACCUAAAGGAUGAAAGGAAUACCACUAGAGAUAUUUUUAAAGAGGAAGGUGAUCAAAGAGAAGGAUGGAAAAAUUUCACUACAAAUAUUACGGUAGAAAGCAAAAAUAAGCUUUACAUCGAAGGGAGUAAAAAUGGUAGUGGAAAUAAAGGGGAUAUUGCAAUUGACAAUAUCAAGAUUAUUAUCAUUGAACCAGAGAACAAAAACUCAUGGUUGGCCUAUAAUGAAAGAUGUGCGAGAAUUCUUGGUUCUUACAUUAUCAAUAACGAACAAAUAACGGACCUGCCAUGUCUAUCUGAUAGCUUAGAGAGGUGGACUGGAAUCAUAAGGCCACAGCGGAGAACUUCAGUCGUUACAGGUUUUCAGGAAACCCCCACUGCUGUACAGUUGUACAGUUACAUUAACAAUGUACCUACGUAUGACUGGGAAAUUUAUGAUCCACGGAGAACUAGACCAUUUGUUUGUAAAAGAAUUCUUAAUUCAUCGAGUGAUAGUUGCGUGGUGUUCAGACGUGUGACUAGUAACCAUGCUACAGAGACGACUGACAUAAAUAAUGGUAAGAGCAAGGUAAUAAUAUAAAAGAAAAUAAAAUUCCUUUUUAUCUGUAUCUCAUACUGUACUUCAAUGAUGCAAUAUUAGUUUUUUUUUAUUAUGAGUGAUAUAA